AUGGCGGCGUGGCGGUCUCACGCCUACGGUUCAGGCGAGGUGCGCCUAGAGCGCGCCCGAAUGCCUACUAUUCGUCGCUCUGACGAGGUGUUAGUACGAGUGACUGCUGCCUCCCUCAACCCUAUUGACUUGGCUAUGCUUGGUGGUUAUGGCUCUAGAGUUCUAAACGUGCUUCGGCGGUUUGAAGGCGCCGAGGUGGAGUUUCCGUUGGUGCCGGGCCGCGACUUCAGUGGCGUGGUAGAACUAGCCGGGCGGACGGCAAAGUUGCCCGUGGGCACGCGCGUCUGGGGCGUACUUCCCCCUCACAGACCCGGCUCGCUGGCGCAGUACGUCGCUCUGCCGCAACGUUGGGCGGGUCCGGCGCCUGACGCGCUUGAUAACUUACAGGCGGCCGGAGCGCUGUACGCGGCGCUCACCGCAUCUAGCGCGCUUCGGAUAGCAGGGUUGACCGGCAGUGCGGCGAGGGGCGCGCCUGUCCUUCUUCUUGGUCUCGGAGGGGUGGGGCAGGCCGCGUUGCAGCUACUCGUUCGUCGCGGCUCACGCGUGUACGUGAGUUGCUCAGGAGAGCAGGCGGACACCGCGACCGCUCUGGGCGCCGUCGCCGCGUUCGAUCGACACUCUCCCGACUGCGACGAACGCCUGCGGGAGGCCAGCCCGUUUGAAGUGGUGCUGGACUGCGGCGGGGCCGGCGGUUGGGAAGCGAGCGCACGGCCCUGGCGGUUCUCGCGAUAUGUGACGCUGAGCACGCCGUUGCUGCGCGAGUGUGACGAGCGAGGCCUCGCGAUGGGCACUCUCACGGCGGCGACCGCGUUCGCCGCACAGACUCUUGCAGUAUUCCGCGUCACGGCGCAGUCCCCGUCCCGGGCGCUAUGCCCUCCACACGUGCGCUGGGCGUAUUUCAUGCCGAACGCCGUCGACAUCGAGAUGUUGAGGCGGCUCGCCGACCGGGGCGAGUUCAAAGUACAAGUGGAACGGGUGUUCCCGUGGCAGGAGGCGCCAGCCGCCUUCGAGCACUUGGCGAAGGGCCACGCUCGCGGCAAGGUCGUGCUAGACUUCGCCGCUCAGCCCAACGAAUCGACCCCGCCAGUGUAG